AUGUCUAUACCAAAUAGUACCACCGAUCAACCGAAUAUGGAGAUUGAAGAUCAGGGUGAUUUCGAAGAGCAUUUGAACGAAAGUCGUACGCAAGUUCAGGUCGAUGGUCGCUGGAAAAUGCCAAGAAUGCGACCCUGGAAUCGGUUUCAGAAUCCUUUUGGAGGUGAUCCAUUAUUUGAAACAGUAAUGAAUGGUGGUGGUAGUGCUGCUGCUUGUGAUACAUAUGCAAGUAGUGGUGAUGCAGGUGGCAUAGCAGCAAGUGGUGGUGACGCAGGUGAUAUAGCAGCAAGUGGCGGUGGCAGUAUUGUUGCAGCAGAUGCAGAAGCUAAUGGUGCAGUAGUGCACAUCAUUCAUUUUAUUUAA